UUCACUCAGUUCCGAGUUCUCUGGGUCACGUUGUUCAGCGCAGCGCGGUUUAAAGUGGGCGAGGAUUUUGCUAUAGCAGUUUGGAGGCGGGAAAUCUUUGGAUGGCGGGACCAUGUAGCUGAGCGCAGCUUCUACGUCAACACGAAUUUCGCAAGUCAUGUCGGAGCAAAUUCGUGAAGCGCUGCAGAGGCUGAAUGCCUCCGACCAUCUUGCGGAGGCCUUGCCACUCGCCGAAGAAGUGGAAAGGACCUGCGUAGAACAGAGUUUCUCGGUUAAAGAUUUAGGUUACGUCACUUCUCUGCUGGCUGGUGACGCUCAGAGUCUCGUUUCCUUUCUCAAGAAACAUGUUGCAACCGACCAGCUGAAAGACGCCAAAGCGAAGAGCCUCAACAUUUUGACUGGAUGGUUUGAAAGAGUUCCAGCCUCCCAGCUCUUGCACCAUGCACUCGCAAUCAAGGACGUCAGCUGUCAGCUCCUGUUCAGGGACAAGGCGGCCAAAGUCCGGCUGCAGGCACUGGUUCUGCUGUCCAAAGUGCUGGAGGCCUGCAAGGGUGCCUCCGUCUGCACCGAGUUGGACGUUCCCGGCCUCGUGGAGAGGAUGUUCAUGCUCCUUUCCCAGCCUUCCAAGCUGACGCCCACUGUCAAAGAAGAGAUCCUCUGUGUCCUUGGCACCAUCGCCGAGUGUCACCAGGUCGCCACGGAACCGUAUCGGGACAAAUUGCUGGCCCUCUACCUGGCUGAACUGCAGAGGGUUUGCAGCGUGAAGGAGAAGAAUGUGGUUGCUGGAUGUCUCCAAGGGCUCUCUGGGUUCCUCUUCCAUUUCGGAACCUGUUUUGAAGAUGAUCCGGACAACUGCUUCAAGCUGUUCAAGUGCGUGAAGCGGUCACUGACUCCCAGCGACAGACCGGGAAGAUAUGAUAUCCCUAGAGCGGCUCUGAUCCUGUUGUCGAAGCACGCGGUGCUCUUUGGGCAGUUGUUGCUGGACGACCACCGGACGCUGUACCAGCAGUUGGGCCACUGGAGUCGCCACGGCAACCGGGAAUUGCAGUCCCUGGGAACUGCCGCCCUGGAGUCCUUUCUCAGAGAGGUUGCGUCUGCACUGGUGGAACAUGCGGAUAGGCAGGAUUACCUCGACAUCUUUCAAUUCUUUAUCAAAGACUUUCAGCGGACGCUGAAGAUGGAGACGUCCAAUCACGGCUUGGCAGCAGCGCUCAAGGGUUAUGGCCUCUUUGCCCUCCCGUGCAAGCGAUACCUGAAGGAAGCUGACGUGCUAUACAUGCUGAACGACGUCUUGCUGCGGUCUGAGCACGUCUUCCAGAGCAUCAGCAGCCACGCAGUGCUGGAGGAUAGCCUUCCGCUGCUUUCGAGCUUCCAGGAGGCAACGGCGAGCAUCCUGCGAUGCACGGGCCAGGUUCCGGCGUCCCAGCUGGCUCUCCUGGAGAAACUGACGGUGCUGCAGAUAGAGAAUUUUCCGCUCGUGGCGCAGAACCUGCAGAUGCGUUACUGCAAGUCCCUGCUUUUUGUCCUGCUUGCAGUGUAUCCAAUCUCCCGCUCUUCUCUUUCGCAGAUAGUUUACCAGGGGCUGGUGCGCACCUGCUCGCACCCCAUUGCGGCGCAAGUGGAAGCGUCUCGGGAGGACGACGGGACCUCCCAGUCCCGCACAAUCACCUACCGUCGUUACAACUUCCUCUGGGCCUACCUCCUCAAUGCCAUCGCAGUGCAGGAGUUGAACCAGAUGCAGAUUUCAUUGGAUGCACGGCAGAUGCUCGUGCGGGACGUCUACGACGGGCUGCUGUCGUCUGCCUUGUCGGUCGUGUCCAAGCUGAACUUGUCCGUCCGGCAGCAAGCGUCGUCCGAUGACGGGGAGGCCCGUGUGGACGUCUCGGACCCGACGUGCGGAAUAGAGGCGCAGUGCCCGAAGGACUUCAACAUCUUCAUCAACCUGGUAGACUUCUUCAGGGAUACCUUCACCAAGAAGCACUUGGAGCUCUUUGCCAAGUGGGCCUUUGUGGUGGUCAAGCAGAUGGUUGAAUAUUCUGCACGGCAUCCUCUCGUGAGUGGCUUUUACAAGGUGGUGGCCGCUUCCAUCGGUAUCUGCGAGAGGUCUUCUUAUUUCGAGCAGCCGUCCGGGGAGGCCGUGGCCUGUCUGCGGCUGGUAUCGGGUCUUCUGCGGGACGUCUUGGGUCGGCUGCAGCAACUCAAGGACGACCUGCUCGCCUCCUGCCUGGAGCUUGUGCUCGGAACUCCCCUGGCGUUGGUGCGAGAGCACGCCCGGGCCCUGGUUCCAGCCGUCAGGAUGGCGCUGCAGCAGGGCCUGAGCUACCUCCCCUUGGCCAAGGCCAGUCUGGAUGCCCUGAGGCUCUGGGAGAAGCAGCUGCCCGCAGACGUUGCAGACGACGUGUUCAGACAGGUCUUGCCCGGGCUGUGUCCUUACCUGGCACUGGGCGUGCGUGCAGGCAUCACAGAGCCAGCGGAAAGCACCAAGAGAGCUCGGUCGCAAGGUCGCCACAAGGUCUCUCUCAAGCUGCUCUACCAGAAGAAAAGAGAUCAGAUCAAGGUCCCCGAGACGGAGUCCCUCCGGCUGGACGUCCUGUCCUUCCUGGGGGGUCUGCAGGGCCACCGGAGGGCGCUGCUGUUGGCGGACCUGGAGCGCGACACCCUGAAGGCUGCCCUCGCCUGGGAUCCCGAGACGAAGGAGCACCUCGUGUUUGCGCUCCCGUUCCCCGACACCAAGUUGGAGAUUGCUCUGGACGCCUUCCUGCCACGGGUGGUCGAGUUGGCUCGCUUUGCCGGCGAUCGUCAGUCCAAGGUGGCCGGAUGCGAGCUGCUUCAUGCCAUGGUGCUAUAUGCUGUCGGCACGGGGGUGCAGACAUCGGCGGAGAGAAGAGCUAAGUUCCCGAUGGUGCACCUGUUCAAGCACCUCUUUCCGGAGCUACUUCAUCUUGCCUGCGAUGUUGACCAGGUGACGCAGCGUCUGUUCCGUCCCCUGGUGCUGCAGCUCAUGCACUGGUUCAGCAGCGGGUCGACGCGCGGCAGCAGAGAGAGCGUCGCCAUCGUCGAGUGCCUCUGGGACACGGUGACGCAGCCUCAGGAGACGGUGCUCAAAGAUUUUGCAGCUCGCUGCCUGAGAGAGUUUGUCCAGUGGGGAAUCAAGCAGUCCACUCCAAAGGAGCUGGAGAAGGGCCCCACCAACGUGCAGUCGGUCCUGCGCAGGCUGUGCAGCUACUGCCGCCACCCCAGCGCCCUCAAGCGACUGGGGGCGGCUCUGGUCUUCAACAACCUCUAUGUCCUGCUCAGGGAAGAGGAGUCGUUGGUGGACGUCUUCAUUCUCGACAUCCUGGCCCAUUUUGUGGACAGCCUCAAGCUGGCACACUCAGACGAGAGGACCAUAGGGACGAGAGAGCUGUCGGGUUGCGCCUUGGACAACGUCCUGCGGAUUGUUUCGACCAAGAGCGAGCUGCUGAAUCGCCCAAACGUCAAGCGGAAGUGGCCCUCGGACACUGGUGGCGAGCCCGUGGUCCUCUCCACGGUUGUCCGGUGGCUGCUGCUGCAGACGAGCUGUCCCCAGGCGGACUGCCGCCACAAGUGCAUGGAGCUGGUGCAUGCGCUCAUCCCAAAGCUCCUAGGGGCGCCGAGCCACCAGAGCUACAUGUCGUCUCUCUUGCGCGGCAAUUCACCCGGUUUCUUUGUGGAGAGUUUUGAAGGAAACUUGGCAGCAUCGGAACGACCUUGGGCGACUCUCUCGGCCGUCUGCAAGUUCUGCGACCAGCUCCUGGGUCUUCUGGAGUGCUACACCUGGAUACUUGAACAGCGUCUGCUAGAACCCAAACAUCUCUUCGAGGUUCCCAAAAAACCAAGCAGACUGUUUGGCAUGGUGGAUCACUUCCUCGAGCACCUUGCUGUCUGCGAGAGUCCGCAGGAACUCUUGCGGGAUGUGGAAAGCGAACCACUCACUUCAUCCAAGCUCUCUGCCUUUAACCUCGCCAAGUGCUCUGUCACAGUACGGCUGUUCAACUUCCUCGCGACCUGGAUGGAGACCUCUCACGGCUCUAUGGCCUCCGUCGCAAACCCCUUCUGGAGGUCUCGAGCAUUCUGGAGGUGCACGAUCGUCUGCGUCCUGUCCCCUUCCGACGCCGGGUUCGACCUCACCGACCUCGAGGUGGCGAACCAACUCCCAAACGAGAUGCUCCGCUUCCUCAAGUGUGUCUCGAAAACCUUUCCGAAACUCCUGGCCGACAACUUUGUCGGAGCACACACGGACUUUGUGGACCACCGUCCAGAGUGCGGCCUCGACAAGGUCCUGGCGAUGCCGCUGACCAACCUCGACUGUUUGCGCAACGACCUUCUCAAGUGGAUCGGACUUGCAUCGGGCUACCGCUUGCUUGCGGAGCUGCGGAUCAUCAGAGUGCCGGACUUGCUCGCUGCCCGUGCUUUGGUCCGCUCCCUGGCGGAACGCCUGGGCAGUCGAGGUGCGGAUUUGACACCGCUCGACAAGGAGCUGUGCUUUCGGGUGCUCGAGCUGGCAGCGGCACUUGGAGCUCAGGCCCGAGAUGUCCUGGAGGCCCUGCUUCCCAGCCGGGCCUGGGAAGUUUUGGGAGCCCAGCUGUGCCGCCACUUCGCCGAACGGGCGUCCGACUAUGUGCCAGCCGCACUUGCGCUUCCCGAGGGGGCACCCAAGGUGCUGACGACAGUGAUGAGCCUCAUGCUGCAGGAUAAGGAGCUGACUUCCAGGCGCGGUUCGGAGCUCUCGUUGGAAGUCAUGCGGUGCUGGCCGUCGAUGGAACGCUUCUGGAGCGAGGGGACCUCGCAGGACGUCGUCAACGGAGCGUUGCACAUGCUGGAAAAGUUGGUGCUCCUCGCACCCGAGGUUGGUUCCCCAAAGGGUCCCCAUUUUGAACGACUCUUUGGAGUAUUCCUCAAGCUUCUCGAACGAAGUGGAGCGACCUUGGCAGAUAAGGUGUUGGUUCUAGACUUGCUCCCUGUCUUUGCAAGCGACAUUCGGCCAGAUACUGGUCUCAAAUUGAGGGACGCCCUGGAAGAGAUGGUGGCCCAGCACUUCCCCCUGGACAGCUCGACGUUGCUGCCUGGGGCCCCUGAGUAUCUCUGCUACGUCAGUGCCAUGCGCAAGAUGGUGGCGGGUCUGGAACGGAGCGGAAGCCCGGUGCUGCUCGAGCUGCUCAUCCGGGUGCUGUACCGCGAGCGCGGCAGCCACUUUCUCGAGGCGGAAGUUCUGCUCGCUCUGCAGCGCACCUUAACCAGGUGUGGAGAGACUAAGCAGCAGCAGUUAAUAGAGGCUGCCUACAAGUGUGGUGCGACCAAUCAGGGCCUUCUGAUCUCUGCCCGCCUCUCACUGGCGUCGAAGCUUCUGCCGCUGCUGCUCAAGAGCUGCUCCAAACCCGCCCUGCAUCACUUUUUCGUAGACAAUGUCACUGCCAUGGUGGAUGCAGUUGCUGCCAAGAUACGCCAUGGCUCGGAGUCCGAGUUGACGAGCAAGAUCGUGGCCCUGUCCUGCCUCGAGGUCCUUUACUCCUGCUGCCUCAAGGACGACGUCACGGGGAAGCAGUCGUCCGUCAACGCCGCCUUCUGCCGCUCGCGAGGCAUCGUCGACGUCGUGGGGAAUGAACUCACCAAGGAGAUCACUAAACACGCCAACUCCGCCAAGAAGGAGGUGGUUCGCAGAGACGUGGAGUUUGCCGACCUGUGGCGGCAGCUGCGCUGUGCGGCGUACAGGCUGGUGGUCGCCGUGGUCUCGUGCACGCAGACGGAGUCCCAGUUCUACGACGUCUUUGUCUUCCAGGAGCGGCCGGAGAAGGGAGAGUUUUUGUGGAACAACCUUGUCGACGAAAAGGCAGUCUACACAUUCCCCCUGGAGCGUGAGGUGCUGUUUCAAAAGAGCCGUCACGUGGUCGGGGUGACAGAGGGUCAAGUGCCUUCCCCGUCAUUUUCCGGUCGCAUGGCUGGGUCGCUCCGGGGCAGCAGCCUUGCUCAGGAGGCGAGUCAGUACAGCCUCUCCGCAAGUGGCCUGGCUUUUUGGGACGUUGAGACGGUCGACUCGGAUUCAUCGAAAGGGACACAAGCACCUGCCAAGGAGCCCGUGUCUCGGCUGAAGGUGAUGGACCUGGAAGACGAUGCGCUCAACGGCCACGAGUGCAUGGCCUCCGUCUGCGCCGUCCUGUGCCGCAUGGCCGAUCUCGGGAUCAUCCCCCAGACGGCCGACGAGGAAGUCAACAUUGGACCAGCCCCCAAGUGGCUGACCUUUCUGACCAAUGCCAUCGUAGGGAACCACACGACACGGAACGCUCUUUGCUUCAUCUGUCGUGUCGUCGUCAACUCGGCGGAGGUGCUCAGGGUGCACUCACGCCACCUUGUGCCAGCUUUGCUGAAUGUCCUCGCUGGGGACAAACUGGGCUCUGAGCUGGACGCCUUUGUCAUCGACGUUGCCGUGACUGUCCUCAUGUGGGCGUCUGACUGGAGUCUUGAGGACCGAAAGACCGUGGGCAACGACAGAGACCUGCAGGGCUUCUCGGAGCUGUUGGCACAGCGCUGUGGCCACGAGCGAAGGGAGGUGCUCAAGAACAACCUGGAGCUACUCAGGGCCUGGGUGGAGAUGUGGAGGGAGCGCCUACGCUUCCCCGCAGAUGUGGUACUGGAGCAGCUGGAGCAGUGUUCGCUGGACAGCAAGGACCAUCAUGCGGUGCUGCUUUUUGGGAUCUUUGUCUCCAACAACCUGGUGGAGUUUGGCCAGUCGCACGCUUCCACAGCCAGGAUCCUGGAGGUGCUGCCGAGGCUGCUGGCAAGCAGGUAUCGUGGUGCAUACACGUCGGUUGCAGACGUCGUGGGCCUCACGCUGCGCAAGAUGAGUGAGGCCGGCAUCGCUACGGAGGAUUCCGCGUUCGAAGGCAGCGUGGCGUCUCGACUCGAUGGGCUCCUGGCGGCACACCGAGACCAGUUCGUGCUGUGCGUGCGAAACGUCUGCCGCUUCUACCAGCCCCUUGCUCUCAGGUUCCUGGAUAAAUUGAUGCUGCUGCUUCCACGGGCAUUGGCAGACUUCAAAGUGGCCGUCUUAGAAGUGCUCUCCCUCUGCUGCCACCAGAUGGAGCAACCGGUUGGACGGCUCCAAGGGCUCGGAUUCCUGGAGUUGCUAGCUCAUGGCGACGAAAAGAUGCAGACCGUCUUGCUCGAGAUCUGCACCAAGCUGGUUGGGGCCGCGACGGAGGAGGACUGGGGUGCCAUCUUGCCCGUCGUCUGCCAGCUGCAGGGGCACACCAGCGGUCCUUGCCGCAAACUGGUCUACGACGUCUGCAUGCGGCUCUAUGCCAAGUACAGGUCCAAGACCAGCGCUGCUGGCCUGGCAAAGCAGUCGAAGCACAUUCUUCUGGUCGGUCUCGGUGACCCCGAAGACUCUCUGAGGCUGUCCGUGGCCAACUUUUGGAGCCAGGAGACGCAGCUGCCGCUGAAGGCGCGAGAGCGCCUGGUGGCGCUCCUGGCCGGGAUGUACUCUCCGGAGAUUGAGGACCACUUCCUGUCCUCGGUGACCUUCCUCCUCCUGGAGCUGGCCUCGCGGAGCCCUGACUACGGCCGCAAGCUGUUUCCCCGGCCCCUCUCCGACUGCCGCUUCGUGGACUACGCCGUGACGGGAUCUUGGCGCCAGCGGCACGCGGCGAUGACGCCACUCUUUGCCGAGACGCUGUCGUGGAGCCAGUCUCAGUCAUCCACAACGACGUCACAGUCGACUACGACGUCUGCAACGACCGACCCGGGCCCGAUGCUGAGGGCGACCCAGGCGGAGCUCCAGUUCACGCCCACGCAGCGGGGGACCUCGGGUGCCGCUGCGACGACUGCGGGCUCGUUCAACUGGCUCACCCAGAGCACUCUGGAGAGCAACCUUUCUGGAGCCGAGAGACGACGAUCCCUGUCCAUCCUUUCGUUUGCGCCGGUGCAAGAAGAGGUCCUGCUCGGAGCCAGCCAGACCAGCCAGAAGAGCAAGGAGCUUGGAUUCCUGCGGAGGCGCUUCUUGCGCGACGAAGACAAGGUCCGGCUGCAGCACAUCAAGCGGGAAGUCCGGCGUAAAGAGCUCUGGGGGGAACAAGAGCGAGAGAGGCGUGCCCGGAGGGAGGCAGAGGUGACGCUGUACCGCAGCUAUCGCUUGGGGGACCUUCCUGACAUUGAGAUCCCUCAUUCGGCGCUGGUGGCGCCCUUGCAGGCGCUCGCUCAGCACGAUCAGCAAGUGGCUCAAGUGUUGCUGACAUCCAUUGUGAAAACGGUGGUGAAGGAUGGUGCCGACCUUCCCGAACUGUGUCGUGAGCUUGAAGUCGCUCUGUCGUCCAUUCUGGUGACGAGCGAUCGCUGCUUCCCUCCCCUCGUCGCAUUUGUGCAGGAAACUUCAUUCUCGUGUGCUGGGGGCUUGAAGCUCCCUGUGGAUGCAGUGGCAAAGGCUUCAGUUGCAAGUGGCCACCAGAGCUUGGGGAUCCUGGUUCUCGAGGAGGUGCAGCGUGUGCGUGCAUUGAGCGAGCCCAGACCGCCGUCACCCAAGCGAACCAGGAAAGAGGCUGCUCAAGCCUGCGGUCCCUGGCUCCAGAUGGCGCAGCUGUACAAGUCUCUGGGAGACUACGACACUGUUCGGGCGACCCUGUCCUGCUCCGAAGACGUGGACGCAAAAGCCAAAGAGGCGCUCCAGAAGGAAGCACAGGGCGACUACUCGGGCGCCAGAGACGCCUACCGCAACCUCGUGUCGAGCGGCUCCAUCUGGGACGACGCCGUUCUCCAGUGUUGCCGACUUCUCGGCGAGUGGACGGAGCUGCAACGGGAGGUGGACUCCAGACUGGCGCGAAGUGCCGGCAACAAGUGGGACCGCCUGUGGGACGGCGGAUACUCGGAGGAGCACUACCUGCCGCUGUACGUCAAGAGCCGGGUUAAGACAGCAUUGGAGCUUGGAAGCGGCGAGGACCAAUUCUUGGAGUCGAUCCGGCAGUGGUUGGAGGACCCGGCACGGAAGCGACUGCUCGAGGCGGAGUGUGUCGAGGAACUGGUGCUGCUGUUUCUGCUGCAGAAGGACAUGGGCAAGGCGGACUACUACGUGCGCUGCUUUGCGGAGCAGUUUCUUGAGGAGUGGAGCGGCCUGAGCGUUCUGACACCAGCCCUGCUCGAAGGGAAGCUGGAGUCGCUCAUGGUUUUGUCCGAUCUUGCGGAAUACGUCAAGCACCACACCCGCCGCGGCACGGAGGACGAUGUGGAUCGUCUGCUCAGCAAGUGGCGGUUGCGUGUGCCAAGUAACGCCGACUCCGUGUUGCUGUGGAACGACGUCAUUUCGAAUCGCUGCUUCCUGGUCAAGUCUCUCGGGCAGAGCGGGGCCGGCGAGAAGGCGAGGCUACUCAACGCCUUUGCCGGGGCCAUGCUCCAGAGGGACAACAUUCCCACGGCGCUGCGUUGCGUCCUCGAGAUAGAGAAGAUGAGGACCGAAGGACAGCUGGAAGGCAGCCUGGAGUGGAGCUAUGCGGAGACGUACUGCUCUGCGCUGUGCAGAGCAGCUGAGCAGGUGCCUCUGGACAAGAAGCUGGCUUCCCACCUUCGCACGCUGCAGAAACUCGAGGCGACCAGGGCCGAAGGGCUGGACGACGCUGCCAGUACGGUACGGUACUGCCUGUUGAAGGCCCAGGCCGUAGCCGGGCUCGCCAAAGACCUCGAUGCCGGAGCGGUGCUGAACAAAGAGCAGAUGGCAGAAUUGCAGUUGGCAUCGACCAGCAGCGAUCCUCGAAAGAUGUCUCUGGAGCUGCGAGAGCAGGCGCUGCAACUGCACCUGAGUGCCGCACACUGCGAGGCGACCCCCGUGUCCGUCAGGGCUGAGGCACAGCUCCGCCUUGCACGGUUCUGCAACACUGCUCUUCAGCAGGAAGAAGGAACGCUGUUUCCGGACGAUCGCCGAACAAGCUUGCCUCUGAGCCUGGUCAGGUCGGUGCUGACGGCCAUGCGGCUCGGUAGCGACGCUGCCAUCGACAUGUUUCCGCGGCUGCUCCAAGUUCUCCAGAGCCAUCCUUUGUGCGGAAAGUCCUUUGCGGAGGAGUGUGCCAAGGUGCCCUGCUGGAUGUUUCUCGGCUGGAUAGGGCAGAUGCUGCCGCUCCUGGAUGGGGCGGUGGGGCCCCACCUUUUCGGCCUGGUGGACUCCAUUGCUUCCGAUUACCCCAACGCACUGGUGUAUGCUUUCAGGGUCAGCAACGAGGCAUACUCUUUCGACAUCCCAGAGACAAAGGAUUUUAUUCUGCGCCUCAAGCAGAAGAUGGACAAGCUUCCUCUCGUCAGCGAGUUUAUUGAAGCCCUUGAGCUUCUCCAGUUUCCAGAUGUUGCAUUUAAAAACUGGUGCGAGUCCAUGCGGGAGGCAUUGAACAAUCAAAAGAGUGUGGACGUCCGCAAGCUGUACGCCGAUGGCGUCCGUCAACUUUUUGGCGGACAGGGCCGCGAUUUGGCUUUGAGUUCCGGUGGUGGCAUUGUCCAUCGGCAUUUCUCAGAUGUGGUGAAGAAGAAGGUGACAGAUGCUUUUGGGAUUGAGGGCAGCAAGCUGGUUAAGAUGGAUGCUAAGAAAUUCGGCAGCGAGUGUCAAGUGAUACUGAAGAGUUACAAAUCACUGGAGCCAACUGCUUUGAAAGACUUAUCUCCAUGGCUGAGUCGGUUCAGUGCGCUUGACCGCGACAACAAGAUUGAAAUCCCAGGGCAGUACACCGGAAGGUCCAAACCCAUGCCAGAGUAUCACGUCAACAUCUUUGGGUUUGAGGAAAGCGUGCUGGUGCUAAAGUCAAUGCAGCGUCCGUGUCGCAUCACCAUCCGCGGAGACGACGAGAAGGAGCAUCGCUUUCUGGUGAAAACCGGCGAAGACCUGCGACAGGACGACCGCAUCGAGCGCCUCUUUGGCGCCAUGAAUGCCCUCUUCACCGCCGACCCUUCCUGCCGUGCCAAGCACCUGCAGCUGGUCACAUACGGCGUGGUGCCCCUCACCACCAGAGUGGGGCUCAUCGAGUGGCUGGACGGCACGGUGGUGCUCAAGGACUUUCAGCGUCGAGGUCUCGAUGAAAGCAGCCAGGGCAACCUGGCCCGGUGUUCCAGGAGCUUUGGCCUGUGGUCCACCGAAGACUAUGCGAAGGCGUACAAGGAGCCGUCCCAGGCAGUCUCGCGGUUCGGCAGAUGUGUUCGGCAAGUGAGCAGGGAGUCGCUCAGUAAAGCAUUGCUGGGACUGAGCUCCUGCCCGGAGGCCUUCUUUGCACUUCGGUCGCGCUUUGUGCUUUCCCACGCCACCCUCUGCGUGGCGCACUGGGUGCUGGGCGUCGGGGACCGCCACCUCGGAAACUUCCUCGUCAGCACCAACACCGGCCUCGAGAUCGGCAUCGACUUUGGCUAUGCCUUCGGGCUCACGGCGCAGUUCCUGCCCAUCCCGGAGCUGAUGCCGUUCCGCCUGAGUCCCCAGUACCUGGGCCUGCUCGAGCCACUGGGCAAAGAAGGACCCCUGGCCAGUGCAAUGCAGGACGCUCUCAGGGCGCUCCGGGCGGGGGCAGAAAGCAUACUGGACGUCCUCGACGUCUUUGUACAGGAGCCCACCGUGGACUGGAUGAGGCUCGCCAAACGCCAACAAGCUGGGUCAAGUCCGCAGGCCAGCAAACGACAGCGAGGGGCAAGGGAGGUUUCCCUGGACUGGUUCCCGCGUCAGAAAGUGUCCAUUGUCCGGCAAAAGCUGGAAGGCGGACAUCCGAGCUACAUUCUCCGGGAUGAAUUAAAGCUGCGCAAAACGAACCAGCCCGACUUUGCGAGUUUGGAGCUUGUGUGCCUGGGCGCGCCUGGUGUGGAGUCGCGCAUGAGACGACGCUUUGCUCGGGGCGACAAGCUGUCACCAAGGGACCAGGUGGACUGUCUGUUGGAGCAAGCUACCGACCCAGCCAUCUUGGGGCUCACGUGGACUGGCUGGGAGCCGUGGCUUUAGUCUUAGUCCUAGCCAAUCCUUCUCUGUGCUCAAUGUUUAAGUGUCCCUGAUUCGGGGCCUGUUGCUUUUGCUCUAACACAAAGGCCUUAUUUCUGUUCAAACACGUGUCUCAGGGUGUGCAGAAAAAAGAGGAUUGCACCAUAAGGUUUCGGGAAUGGACCGAAUAAAUGUGGAUGAAUGUUUUGGAAA